UUCGAACACCAUGACACACUUUGCAGCGGCAUUCCCAGCCACAGUUUUAUUCGGCAAUUGAUGUUUAAUUGAGCGAAGAACGUUCUAUGCUUAUAUAACGAACUAUAACCUUACUGCAAUGUCAAUGGCCCAAAACAUGACAUUAUUUAUGACAUUGGCCCCAAACAGCACCAGAUUGCAACAAUGAACUUUUGCUGGGCUUUUCUGGUCAUGCGUGGCUGGCACUAUUAAGUGGCCAUUACUCUUUUCGUUCCAUUAGAUGUGGAGCUGCGUGAGGGAUAUAAAAUGGGCCUUGCGAUUUCAUAUUCAUAUCAGUCAUUUUACUCACUCAAUCGCAGCUAUGUCGCCCAGUCAGCUUCUUGUGAUCUUCGCUUUGCUGGCCCUAAAUACUCGUCUAGUAUUUGGCCAAACCACGAUUGAUUGCCAAAGACCACCGCAACUAGUGGAUCCCGCACUCUGCUGCAAGGAUGGGGGUCGCGACCAGGUGGCUGAGCAGUGCGCCCAGCGGAUUUUAGGAGCAGCAAAUGGACAGAAGGCAGGAGGUCCUCCAUCGCUGGACACGGCAGCAUGCCUAGCUGAGUGCAUCCUGACAUCUUCCAAGUAUCUUGAUGAGCCACAGAAACUUAACUUGGCCAACAUACGCAGUGAUCUCUCCGCCAAGUUCUCCAACGAUACCCUCUAUGUGGAAACCAUGACCAUGGCGUACUCCAAGUGUGAGCCACAAUCGCAGCGCAGACUGGCCAUGAUCAUGCAGCAGCAACAACAGGCGCAGCAGCAAAAGCCCCAGCAGCAACAACCAAGAUGCAGCCCCUUCUCAGCCAUCGUCCUUGGGUGCACCUACAUGGAGUACUUCAAGAACUGCCCCGAUCAUCGGUGGACUCCAAAUGCCCAGUGUGCUCUGGCCAAAGCCUACGUGACGCAGUGCGGUUUGGGUGCCUAACAUCACGACCUGAUGGGGAUGGUGCUUGUACAAUGUACAUAAGUUUAUAAAAAGUAGUCAUUAAAUAAGAAUCAAAUUAACUUUUUAUAUUCAUCUAUUUUUGGAUCACUGGAACUAAUUAACGAGGUAGUAGUUAAGUAACGAUCGCACCUGAAAUAUACAAACGAUCUGAAUUAAAACUUGUGACGAAAUAUGUAAAUUUUUUAGAUUAUCUCACUUUGUUUAAGUUCGAAAUAAAAUAUGAAGAAAAUACUAUUUUAUAUUGUUGUUCUUUCUGUUAAUUCUAGAAGUAUGCCAAUAUACAUUUAUAUACAAUAUACAAUUAUACAUGUUGACCGACGAGAUUUCAAUUUUUGCGGCGAGCUGUAGCUUGUAAUCGACUGUUAGUGUGACCGGACCACUGUUAGCCUAGUUCUGUGCACAAGCCUUCAACAUAUCGAUGAAUCGUAGGGAGUACAACAUUUUCGUCUGACAAUCGCAGCUUCCUCUUCUCCGAAUCGUUUUUUUUUUCGUAA